UGAAGUUUCAAAUGUUUUGUCAUUUAGAGAGAGUAAAGUGAUAGUCGUCGUUCUCACUUCUCAAUCACACUACACUUUCGAAACGGAAGAAACUAAGAACAAAUUCAACAUGAUUCUACAACAACAAGAUGAUGAAGUAAAAUGGGUAACUCAUUAUUCAAGUGAUCAUCAAAUACUGUUGGUGGGGGAGGGUGAUUUCUCUUUCUCCCUUUCCCUCGCCAAAUCAUUUGGUUCUGCUGCCAACAUCGUCGCUUCAUCGCUCAACUCCUACGAUGAUGUUAUCAAGAUGUACAAACAUGCAAAGUCAAAUUUAGAUGACUUACACAAGCUGGGAGCAUGCUUAUUACAUGGAGUGGAUGCAACCAAAAUGAAGCUUCAAUCAGAUUUAAAAAUGCGGAGUUUUGAUCGAGUUAUUUUCAAUUUUCCUCAUGCCGGCUUUCACGGGAGGGAAGAUGACACUUCACUGAUUAAGAAGCAUAAAGUCCUUGUGCGAGGAUUCUUCAAUAAUGCAAGUCGCAUGCUUCGAGCGGAUGGUGAAAUUCAUGUUAGUCAUAAAAAUACAGCUCCUUUUACCAACUGGAACAUAGAGCAACUUGCGAAACAAUGCUUUUUGAAAUUGAAGGAGUGUGUUGACUUCAAGAGAGAAGAUUACCCAGGUUACAAUAAUAAGAGAGGUGAUGGCCAUAAAUGUGAUGAACCCUUUCCACUUGGUGUGUGCUGCACAUAUAAGUUUAUUUGCAAUCGUAAAACUAAGCCAAACCAUAUGAAGAGAAAUCAAAUGAUGGUUUCUAGACAACAAACAAAUCUCCCUAUACAAAAGAUUGAGAAUGCUGUGGAGCAAUUACCAAUUUCAGUUCAUCUCAGCUAUAAUCCUCAAACAAAUCACUUUCCAAAAAUUAAAGAAGCAGACCCAUCAAUAUUUGGCUUAACAAAUACACACAAUAUACACACUUCAAUCCCUCAGGGUCACUUUAAUAGCAUUGAAGAAGUACAUGGAAGAGGUGUUCCUUCUGGUGGCUAUUCUGCCUUUCGUGGUCCAAGUCUCAGCUCUCUAAGAACAUUGCAACCAAUGGAGCCAUUGCAAUCUUUGCAACCAUGCCCAACAGCAUCUAAUGUUAGACAUUCUCUGACAGAUCAUGUUAGAACAAUGAAUACCUUCUCGCAUGAUUCUAGAAAUGAAGGAUAUCAGGUCUAUGGUGGAAGCUCAAAUUAUUUGCGAGAUGAAUUUGGUAGAACAACAGCUCACAGGGCAAGUUAUUCUUUUGAUGGUCCCAGUAUGAGAGAUCAAUUGCGGAAAUGGCCAACAUCAACUAAUGUUGGAUAUUUUUGGAGAGAUCAUGUUAGAUCAAUGGAUACUGUUCCAUUAUCACUUGGUGCUAGAAAUGAAGGCUAUCAGGUGUGUGGUGGCAGGUCAAUUUAUUUGCAAGAACUGAGUAGAACAAUGGAUCAGAGGGAAAAUGUUUCUUUUGAUGAAAGUCUCACUUUGAGAGAUACAUCACUGAAGUGGCCAACAGUAAAUCAUGUUGGACAUUGUUCGAACAAUCAUGUUAGACCAAUGGAUGCUGUUCCCUUAUCAUUUGGUGCUCGAAAUGAAGGCUAUCAGGGCUAUGGUGGCAGCUCAAAUUAUUGGCAGGAAGAAGUCGGCAGAACAACGGCUCAUAGGGCAAGUUAUUCCUUUGAUAGAGUGAGGUUUGACAGAUACAUAGCUGAAGCGCCUUGGAGAACUGCUCAGAGUGAGCUUCACCGAAUGAAUAAUUUGAUGCCAUAGAGGAGAAGGGUGUUUGUUGAAUGCUGAUCAUCAUACCCUGAAUGGAAACUGAAACAAAGGAAUUUUAAUACCAGUGAACACUGUUGUUUUGGUUUUGUGUGAAUAAAUAAUCUAUGGAUUGACAUUGUAAAAGUUUUAGUUUUGGUUUUGUUUGUUAUAUUCAAUAGCUAGCCGAAGCUGUGAUGCUGGUAUAAUUUUGUCAUCAACAUUUAGCUUAUGUUGAUUUUUAUGCAGUAUGCUUUUGUUAAAUCAAUUAUGCUGUAAGAAAUU